CUCUCUAUCCUUCCAUCCCUCUCCGUCCGUCUGUCCUCAUUAGUCUGUCUGUCAGAAAUCAGGAUGAAAGGGUGCAUUUCUUCUCUUGUCUUCUUUCCCCUCUCUCUUUUUGAAAACCCUUGUUAUUCCAUGCACAGACAGACAGACAGGAGGGAGACGGAGUGGAGUGAUGAAGGGAGUGUACAGUACACUUCACAGCAGUAGCACUGACUGGGGCCACGUCGGGAUCGUUCUGGCUCACACGCUGCCCGACUGCCAGGUGAUCCUGAUAGAGAACAAGGAGGAGUCUCUGGUUAGGGGGAAGGUGAGGAGUGCUGAACUGGGCCUGACCAACAUAGGCUUCAUCCAUGCCAACCUGGACUACUUCACUGGACCCUUCCACAUAGGGGUGGCCCUCCAUGCGUGUGGCGUUGCGACAGACAUGGUGGUAGAGCAGUGUAUCCAGGCGGGAGCGACCUUCGUGGUCAGCCCCUGCUGCUACGGCUUCGUCCAGAACACACUGAAGUUCACCUUCCCCAGGAGCAAAAGGUUUCUGGAGACACUGAGUUACAAGGAGCACAUGAUCCUCUGCCGCUUCGCAGACCAGACGGCUGUCCAGCUGCCUUCAGAACGACGCUUAAUAGGUAAACAGUGCAUGGGCCUGGUGGACCUGGACCGCUCCUGGGCAGCAGAGACUCAUGGGUACUCUGUCAGGGUGAUGACCAUGGAGCCAGACAGCUGCUCCCCCAAGAACAACAUGUUGGUGGGUGUUGCUGGAGGCGGGGCUGGAGGGGACAACUAUGCCACACAGUAAACCAGAGGCAUGUCAGUUGGCACCCAAAGGAAGGUCGAAAAACAAAAGGAACUACCUCGACUUGUCCAAUAAGAAGACAGAUUUACGUUUGUUGUUGCAAAAUGUUUCGCUACGGUUUGCCCUAAUGAUCACGACCCAGGGUUGUGUUCAGUCGGGAGAAAACGUCUUGAAACCAAGUGAAUCAGGGAGGGAGGGACUUGUCCAAUAAGAAGAACAUAGAAUAGGACCCAACAUACAGUCCGUUUCAAACUGAGAAUACAGCACUGUAAGGAAACAAAAAGCAUCAGUCGCUGGACCAAGAUACUAAGUCAAAUCAAUCAUCUCGGAGGAGUUGAGGGAUUUGUCUUGAGAUCAGAGAAGAAUGAAUCACCCUGGUUGAAAUGAUGAUGAUGAUAUUUGACCUACAAUCAAGAAAAAGCCCUUUAGACCCUUUUCCCUGAUGAUGAUCUGGGGCAGGUGUCCAAGUGUUUAGUUCUCUUGGAAUGGUUUUAUGGGUAUUGGAACUGAGCAAUGUCUUUAUUUUAUCCCUUAAAUGAGUUUUAAUGAGCGGGCAAUUAUGUGGAUAUUGAAUUAAUAAACACACUGGAACUUGAGUAUAUUCCAAAAGUCUUGUAAAAUGUUUAUUUUUAACCAUUUACUUUGCUCUAUUACUUUAUCCACAUCAGGGCUCGCAACUGUUGAUUUGAUAUACAUUUAGGUCACUGCAUUAUGUAGCUGGAUUGACAAUUUAGUUCUGUUUCAAACUUUAGUUCUGUUUCAAAAGUGUCUUAACUCGUAAAGCCUGCUUCUUACCAUUUCUAUUUUUUGCCAAAAUUGUGGCCAUUCUUGUCUGCUCUAACAGGAUUUACAUUAAGUCAAAUGAAUGUUCCUACCUCAAGCAGGGGAAAAAUAAAUUGAUCAUAUUUCCACA